AUGGACAACCCGCUAGGUGCCGAAGAUGGGAGCGAAUUCAACUUGCUCUGGGAGACGUCAAAAACAGUCCUCCAGAUGGCGGAAAUCAUUCGAACCACUGAAAUUGAUGAAGAAGAAAGGAUAUUCUAUAACCAUCUUAGGCUCCAUUGCAUGAGGUUCCAAGACUGUCUCACUCGCGCGCCCCAAAUCUGGUCUCAACCAAAAAGAGCCUUAAUCAGCGACGCCCUAUGCUAUCUCGGUUCUCUGAUCCCCGAAGUUGGUCUUCAAGAACUCCCCUCUAACACCACAUUGAAGCCUCGACUCAAGGCGCUUAACCUUCAUUGGAGUGAGGUGCAAGUACAAGCACACAAUGCAAAGGUCGAAUUUGUUGUACGAUGGCUGAAGCUUGGACCGCCCGAAGUCUACCUGAAAGUGGAUAGAGGAUUGGAAGAAUGUGCAGACAUGCUAGAGAAACAACAACCUGAAAAUGGAUUCAAAAAGUCCGCCUACGAAUUCUUAUCUACAGGCAAUUAUGAGCCAUCGUACGUUGUAUGGAAAGCGGCCCAAUCUCUGUUCGAUGCACUACAAAAAUGUAAGGGCUGUUCUUGCUCGAAGCCUCAUGAGUAUGGAGCCAAACUCGAGUUGGGCACCUAUCGCAGCCCAGUGAAAAAGUUGGAUAAAAGGUCAGCCAACAGGUGUAAUCCGAGACAUGCGCCUUGCAGUGAUGGCGAUGUAACCGGAAAGAUCGAUUUCGAAAUGUUUCUUUCUAUGGAACAUGACUGGCAUGAGGUUCGCGUCCAAAGUGUCAAGGAAAAAGUUGUUGGAUUCGCCAUUGAUGGCCACUCUACGCCAUCUCGUGAAAUUCGCAAAGCAAAAAGAGUGGAAAAUCUUUGCAAGUCAAUUAAUAGCACAAAGUCAAAGGCAUGGCAGCGCCUCGUGUUAAAGCUCACAAGCGGCCAACUCUUCAAUGACAGAAUCGAAAAGAGUAAUUUCUGGAUCGACAAGUCUACUGAACCCAUUUCGCUGUUAAGGUGCUUCGAAGAGCGACACGAAUUUUUCACGGAGAAAACUAAGCGUAUACUGUCUCUUAUUAUAGGAUACGCGGUUCUUCACCUACAUGGUACAUCCUGGCUUCAGUCAGGUUGGGGCUCAGCAAAUAUUAAAUUCUUUCAGACAACCUCUCAUAAGACGCCUUUGCGACCAUUCAUUCAAGUUGAUCUGCCUGAAGAUGCAACAAAUGCUGGCGAUGAGAUUCACAGCAAAGAUGCUGAUGACCUAGACUUUGAUGAACUUGAUUCAGGACAUCGCUGUCCAGCGCUUAUUGCUUUGGCAGUGGUCUUGAUAGAAGUCUACUUUGCGAAGUCAUUUAGCAAGUUGGCACAAAUUAGUGGUAUUCCGCUUGAGAAUCCCGGUGGACAUAUAACGCUCUUCGAUGUGGAUCAAGUCUUUAAUGGUGAAGAGGAGAACAAGGUGGAGGGAUGGCGAUCUCAAAUCCCUGAAGAUUCUCCUCUCCUCAUGGCCAUAGACAACUGCUUAAAUCCAGCAAUGUGGGAAGACGAAGAAGGCGACCCUCUUGAUAAUGCAACUCUCAAGUCUCGGAUUUACCAAGACGUUGUUCGGCUCUUGGAAGCCCAUUUGACUUCUGGCUUCAGCAAGAUACCUCUAGACAACGUUGAUAGCUAUGCAAGAGAUCUUGACUUUGGACAAUGGGGCCAGACCAUAGAUAUUCAUGAGCCACAAAAGUUGACUUCGCCUUUAUCUCAAGGGUCUCUCACGCCUAACAGAACCCCUUCACCCGCUGCCGCAGUACUUGAUUCAAGCCGAUUCGGAAUCCCGACCAAGGAUUAUCUAAAAUGGAGGUCUGAAUACGAAAAGGUGUAUGGCAAAUUCAUGGCAACACAGCUACCAGGUCCUCCUUCAAAACCCGUGAAGAUUGCAAUUCUAGAUACGGGUAUAGAUCGCGAUCAUGAUAGUUUCGAAGCUCGUGAAGAAAAUAUUAAAGCAAAAGUCAACUUCUACAACAAUAUGCAGAAGAACAUUCCCGAUCUAAACGGACACGGAACCUUUACUGCCAGUUUGAUACUCGAUUAUGCCCCAGACGCAGAGCUCUACAUUGCCAAAAUUGCAGACAAAGAGAAUGCAACACCAAAUGCAAAGAUAGUUGUGGAUGCCAUUAACCACGCAAUUGACUGCUGGAACGUGGACAUCAUUUCUUUAUCGUUUGGGUGGCCUUCUACGGAAUUUGAAGGCUACGACGACCUUGAAGACGCCAUUGAUAGGGCGUACGGAAAGAAAAUUCUCAUUUUUGCCGCUGCGUCUAAUAGUGGCGCUCGACUCGGUCGGGCCUAUCCUGCGAGUAGUUCACAGGUUAUCUGUGUCCAUUCGACCAAUACCUCAGGAACCCCGUCAGACUUCAGUCCGACUGCUGAACCUAACAAUCUGAACUUUGCAACAGUUGGAGAGUCAAUCGAGUCGGCAUGGCCAAUGCUACUUUGCCACGACUUGGCAACUCCACAAAGAUAUGUCAAAUCACGAUCAGGGACAUCAUAUGCAACGCCGAUUAUGGCGGGGAUAGCGGCUUUCCUUUUGCAGUAUUCAAGGCUUCAUUUAUCAGAGAGAGCGUCAUCAGCUCUCAAAAGGAAGGAAAAGAUGGAGGCGCUGCUGAAAAGAUGCGCUGAGCGAGGGCCCAACUACGCUCCAAGGGGCAACUACUACUACGUUGAAUUAAGUUUGCAUCAGCAUAAUCUCUUCGGUAGGGAGCUGGAACGGAUUAAUGACGAAAUUUUGGAGAGUUUGAAGAGAUAG